GAUGUGAAUGAUGUGGCGCCUCGAUUCUCGGACCCCAGUUACACCCUAUUUGUGUCCGAACGUGAGCCGGUCGGCUUCUUUGUGCUCCAGCUACGCGCUACCGAUCCGGAUUCGGGCUAUGGUGGACAGAUCACCUACAGUUUGGAGUCCCAUCAUUCUGGGGGCACCUCUCCCACACAGCUCACCAGGCAUAUAUCGGAUACAUCACGGGAGUCCCUUUCCUACUUCGAGUGUGAUGAGCAUACUGGACAAAUAACGCUGGCAAGAAGUUUAAAUUAUCAAAAAUCUGCGGUCCAUCAAUUUUGGGCCGUUGCUACAGAUCAAGGGGCCAUACCUUUGAGCUCUCGUAUCCCGAUUACGAUACAUGUGCUAGACUACAAUGACAACGCGCCCCAAUUCGAUCAGUCGAAUUAUCAGCCCAAUGUUGAUGAUGAUGGUGAGCGAUGCUCCUAUCGGGUAAAACUGAACGAACGUGCUCCACCGGGAACAUUCGUCACUCGCCUGCUAGCCACAGAUCUGGACUCAAACGAUACUCUUCGGUACCGAUUGGUGGCCGAUGAGACAAGACACUCGGAGUAUUUCCGACUUGGGCAUAAUGACGGCAUCCUGUACUGGGCUCCAUUUCGAAAGCAAGACGGUAGAAUCUCCUUUCCACAUUUGCGUUCGAAAGCUGAACUCGGAAACACUCCCUCUGAGAUAGUCGACAUCCCACUGGAUGCAUUUCGGCUGAAGGUUGAGGUGUCUGAUCAACUCCACACGGCGUAUUGUUUGGUACAUGUCGAAAUGGAUGCUGUCAACUAUGCUGCUCCCAGUUUUCCGCUGCCCAAACAUGAAGUGUGGAAUGUUUCGGAAGGCGCAACUCAUUUGGGACGUAUUCGACUCGCUACCGACCCAGAUCGAUCGAAUUUCGGCAAAAUUACGUAUGCCCUCGUAGGUGGCCACGGACGAGAACAUUUUCGCGUCGAGUCAACAACCGGCGACUUUUUCGCUUUGGAGAUGUUGGAUCGGGAAACUGUGAGCCACUAUCGCUUACUAAUUCGAGCCACGGAUGGCGGAAAGCUGUUCGACUAUAUGACUCUUGAUCUGAAUAUCCUGGAUGUCAACGACAAUCGUCCCCAGUUCACUCAAUCCACUUACGAGGUGAUGCACCAAAAUUGUGGCAUUUCCCCAUCUGCUGUGCGGCCUGAAAACUUGGGUCUCAAAGACGUUUCGUUUUCAAACACACCGGAAUGUGUGGAAUGUCUUGAAUGGGUAGCUUUAGCCGUAUUCCCUUAUCAACCAAAGGUAUUCUGGCGUCAUAUAGACGGCACUUUCAUCGUGAUGAAAUUGGACAAGGUCAGUGGAUUUUACAACAAUCUGAAUUACCUGGAUCCACACGUCAAAUUUAGUAUGGAGAUACAGUCAACUUCGGGCACAGUGGGUUUUUUAGUCUGCAUGACACAAGGUCCGGGGUAA